CAUCGUCCCUCAAAAACAUUGCCUCUCCUAUCUUGUCGUCGGGACGCCCUCUCUCUCUCCCUCCUCUGCUUCUCGUUGAGCCUUCUUCCCCUGCCUACUUCUCACGACUUGGAAAGAGCUUCUCCUCUUCUCUCAGUCCACCCACCCUGCUCUUGGCAUCUUCCCCACGGGAGUUUUGCAUCUGAACACCCUCACGCCGCCCACUACUUCUCAAGUUGUCAAGAUGGCUGAUAUCAACAUUGACGUCCUCGUUAUCGGCGCUGGCCCGACCGGUCUCGGUGCCGCCAAGCGUCUCAACCAGAUCGAUGGUCCCUCAUGGUUGCUCCUCGACUCCAGCGAGAAGGCCGGUGGUCUUGCCUCCACUGAUGUUACCCCCGAGGGCUUCCUUUACGAUGUCGGCGGCCACGUCAUCUUCUCCCACUACAAGUACUUUGACGACUGCAUUGAGGAGGCUCUCCCCAAGGAGGAUGACUGGUAUGACCACCAGCGCAUCUCCUACGUCCGCUACAAGGGACUGUGGGUUCCUUACCCCUUCCAGAACAACAUCUCGAUGCUGCCCAAGGAGGACCAGGUCAAGUGCAUUGAUGGCCUGAUCGACGCUGCCCUCGAGGCCCGCGUUGCCAACACCAAGCCCAGCAACUUCGACGAGUGGAUCAUGCGCAUGACUGGUGAGGGUAUUGCCAACAUCUUCAUGAGACCUUACAACUACAAGGUCUGGGCUGUUCCCACCACAAAGAUGCAAGCCGCGUGGCUCGGCGAGCGUGUCGCUGCUCCUGAUGUCAAGGCCAACGUCCGCAACGUUAUCAUGAACAAGGUUGCUGGUAACUGGGGCCCCAACAACACCUUCCGUUUCCCUGCCCGUGACGGCACCGGCGGUAUCUGGAUCGCCGUCGCCGACACCCUCCCCAAGGACAAGAAGCGCUUCGGCAAGAGUGGCACCGUUACCAAGGUCGACGGCGAGAAGAAGAUUGCUACCCUCGCCGACGGCACCACCAUCAAGUACGAGAACCUCAUCUCGACCAUGCCCGUCGACAAGCUGUCCGCCUCUCUCGGCAACGACGAGCUGGUCCAGCUCUCCAAGGGCCUGUACUACUCCUCCACCCACGUCAUCGGUGUUGGUCUCCGUGGCGAGCGUCCCGAGCGCAUCGGUGACAAGUGCUGGCUGUACUUCCCCGAGGACAACUGCCCCUUCUACCGCGCGACCAUCUUCUCCAACUACUCCCCCUACAACCAGCCCGAGGCCAGCGUCAAGCUGCCCACCCUCCAGCUCGGUGACGGCAGCAAGCCUUCCAGCUCGGAUGCCAAGGAGGGUCCUUACUGGUCCAUCAUGUUGGAGGUUUCUCAGUCCACCAUGAAGCCCGUCGAUGAGGAGAACCUCCUCCGCGACUGCAUCCAGGGUCUCAUCAACACUGAGAUGAUCAAGCCCGAGGACGAGAUCGUCUCGACUUACCACCGCAAGUUCGACCAGGGCUACCCCACCCCCUCGCUCGAGCGUGAGGGUGUCCUCACCAAGCUCCUGCCCAAGCUCCAGGACAUGGGCAUCUACUCUCGUGGCCGCUUCGGCAGCUGGAGAUACGAGGUUGGCAACCAGGACCACUCCUUCAUGCUCGGUGUUGAGGCCGCCGACAGCAUCGUGAACGGUGCCGUCGAGCUCACCCUCAACUACCCUGAUUUUGUCAACGGCCGCAAGAACACCGAGCGCCGUCUUGACCAGGGCCCCGUCGCUGCUAAGCUCCCUACUCGCUCCAAGUAAGUGGCAGCUUUGGUCGACAAUUUCUGUAAAUAUCAUUGCUGUGUUGCGGGAAAAGGCGGCCUCCGCUACCCCGGGGCUGCCAAACUGGAGUCUGAGCUGUCAGCGUUCUGGACGAUAGACAGUAGUUAGACUUGAUGGAGACCUGAGUCGCCUCCUUGGUUUUUGGUUUGACGACAUUUGAACGCGACGGAAUGAAAUGAGCAACUUGGAGGUUGGAUUAUUUUUGCGAUUUUCGGAUUUGGUAAUGGCGUCUAGAGUCCAACUCGUAGAGGUCUUGCUGAACUUCUUCGAAAGUGUUAGAGAUACAAAUAGAUCUCUUAAGCAGUCUAAGCGCCUGCUGUAAUCAUGCAUGAGACCUGUGCGACGCCCG